AAGAUUAUAAUAUACCCAUUUAAUUUGGUUUGUGUUGCUGCCACUGUUCUCUGAUUAUAGACGAUCAUUUUAAUUCUUGACAUUUCUACCAGACAUCGACACAAAAGAGGAAUGUAAAGCAACUAGCAGCAAAACGAACACUUUACUGCUUCCCAAGCAGAGCUAGCCAAAGAAACAUUUUUCCUCUGUUCUCUUUGUUAGGAAAUAAACAAUGACAACCCUGACAAGACAAGACCUUAACUUUGGACAAGUGGUUGCUGAUAUUUUGUGUGAGUUCCUGGAGGUCGCCAUUCAUCUCAUCCUGUACGUGCGUGAAGUCUAUCCCUCUGGAAUAUUUCAGAAGAGGAAGAAAUACAAUGUACCCGUGCAGAUGUCUUGUCACCCUGAGCUGAAUCAGUACAUCCAAGACACUUUACAUUGUGUGAAGCCGCUCAUCGAGAAGAACGAUGCAGAGAAGGUGGUCGUGGUCAUCAUGGACAAAGAGCAUCAUCCGGUCGAGAGAUUUGUGUUUGAGAUCUUCCAACCUCCUCUGCUGUCAAUCAGGUUUCCGUCCUCAUUUUGGACCAGCAAUACCCGAAAA